CCGCGGAGGCUUGAGUGACGGUUGGUUGUUUGGCCUCCCAAUUCGGGCCCCUCUUCUCGGUUACGGGGAAGAUGCCGGAGCGAGAUAAUGAGCCGUUCUCCAACCCUCUGGCCCCGGAUGGCCAUGAGGUGGACGAUCCCCACUCCUUCCACCAGUCGAAGCUGACAAAUGAAGACUUCCGGAAGCUUCUGAUGACUCCCCGGGCCACUCCUACGUCGGCACCCCCUUCGAAGUCCCGCCACCAUGAGAUGCCCCGGGAGUACAAUGAAGAUGAAGAUCCAGCCGCCCGCAGGAGGAAGAAGAAAAGUUACUACGCCAAGCUGCGGCAGCAGGAGAUGGAGCGGGAGCGGGAGCUGGCGGAGAAGUACCGAGACCGUGCCAAGGAGCGGCGGGACGGGGUCAACAAGGACUACGAGGAGACGGAACUGAUCAGUACCACUGCCAACUACCGGGCCGUGGGCCCCACCGCCGAGGCGGACAAAUCGGCCGCGGAGAAGAGGCGGCAGUUGAUUCAGGAGUCCAAGUUCUUGGGUGGUGACAUGGAGCACACCCAUUUGGUGAAAGGGUUGGAUUUUGCCCUCCUCCAGAAGGUGCGGGCGGAGAUCGCCAGCAAGGAGAAGGAGGAGGAAGAGCUGAUGGAGAAGCCCCAGAAGGAGACCAAGAAAGAUGAAGAUCCGGAGAACAAAAUUGAGUUUAAGACGCGGCUGGGCCGCAACGUGUACCGCAUGCUGUUCAAGAACAAGGCGUACGAGCGGAACGAGCUGUUCCUGCCCGGCCGGAUGGCCUACGUGGUGGACCUGGACGACGAGUACGCGGACACGGACAUCCCCACCACGCUCAUCCGCAGCAAGGCCGACUGCCCCACCCUGGAGGCGCAGACCACGCUGACCACCAACGACAUCGUCAUCAGCAAGCUCACCCAGAUCCUGUCGUACCUGCGGCAGGGCACCCGCAACAAGAAGCUGAAGAAGAAGGACAAAGGGAAGCUGGAUGAGAAGAAGCCCCCUGAGGCGGACAUGAACAUCUUCGAGGACAUCGGAGAUUACGUGCCCUCCGCCGCCAAGGCCCCGCGGGAGAAGGAGCGGGAGAGAUACCGCGAGCGGGAGCGAGACCGGGAAAGGGAGCGGGACCGCGACCGCGAACGGGACCGAGAGAGGGAGCGGGACCGUGAACGGGACCGAGAGAGGGAGCGGGACCGAGAGAGGGAGGAGGAGAAGAAGAGACACAGCUACUUUGAGAAGCCCAAAGUGGAUGACGAGCCCAUCGACACAGAUAAAGGCCCCGCGUCCGCGAAGGAGCUGAUCAAGUCCAUUAAUGAAAAGUUUGCCGGAGCCGCCGGUUGGGAUGGAACCGAAUCUCUGAAGAAACAAGAAGACAAGAAGCAGCUGGGAGAUUUCUUCGGCAUGUCCAACAGUUACGCCGAGUGCUACCCAGCAACGAUGGAUGACAUGGCUGUGGACAGUGAUGAGGAGGUGGACUACAGCAAGAUGGACCAGGGCAAUAAGAAGGGCCCACUGGGGCGCUGGGACUUCGACACCCAGGAGGAGUACAGCGAAUACAUGAACAACAAGGAGGCUCUACCCAAGGCCGCCUUUCAGUACGGUAUCAAGAUGUCCGAGGGGCGGAAGACGCGACGGUUCAAGGAGACCAACGACAAGGCAGAACUGGACCGCCAGUGGAAGAAGAUCAGUGCGAUUAUUGAGAAGAGGAAGAAAAUGGAGGCCGACGGGGUUGAAGUGAAAAGACCAAAAUACUAGUGUGGAGCCCUGCCUCGGCCUGAAACCUCCUCCGACGGAUGGGGGGGAGAGAGAAUGUGUGCCCUCACCCCAGUGUUUUCCCUUGUGCUAUACCCCGAGAGGCUGAUGGGGUGCUUGUGCGUGUAAAUAAGAGACGGCAUUAUAGUCCUGUAACUGUUUAGUUCUAUUAAAACUCCAGUUUGCCGCCUUGGUGCGGAAAUGCGGGCCCCAUCAUGUGUCUUCCCUUGUGCUAUACCCCGAGAGGCUGAUGGGGUGCUUGUACGUGUAAAUAAGUAAGAGACGGCAUUAUAGUCCUGUAACUGUUUAGUUCUAUUAAAACUCCAGUUUGCCGCCUUGGUGCGGAAAUGCGGGCCCCACCGUGUGUUUUCCCUUGUGCUAAACCCCGAGAGGCUGAUGGUGUGCUUGUGCGUGUAAAUAAGUAAGAGACGGCGAUAUGGUCCUGUAACUGUUUAGUUCUAUUAAAACUCCAGUUUGCCGCUUGGUGCGGAAAUGCGGGCCCCACCGUGUGUUUUCCCUUGUGCUAUACCGUGAGAGGCUGAUGGGGUGCUUGUGCGUGUAAAUAAGAGAUGGCAUUAUAGUCCCGUAACUGUUUAGUUCUAUUAAAACUCCAGUUUGCCGCCUUGGUGCGGAAAUGUGGGCCCCACCGUGUGUUUUCCCUUGUGCUAGACCCCGAGAGGCUGAUGGUGUGCUUGUGCGUGUAAAUAAGUAAGAGACUGCGUUAUAGUCCCGUAACUGUUUAGUUCUAUUAAAACUCCAGUUUGCCGCCUUGGUGCGGAAAUGCGGGCCCCACCGUGUGUUUUCCCUUGUGCUAAACCCCGAGAGGCUGAUGGUGUGCUUGUGCGUGUAAAUAAGAGACGGCAUUAUAGUCCCGUAACUGUUUAGUUCUAUUAAAACUCCAGUUUGCCGCCUUGGUGCGGAAA